AGACACCGGAGUCCAGCAGCUCAAAUAUCUUCUAGAUCUUCAGCUGAAAAGCAUGCAUCUCCAUCCGCUGUCCCUGUCCUUCCUCUUGCUCCUGAUGGCAGGAACAACCUUGGUGUGCUUUGCUGUGACAUCCACACUUCAUGGUUUCCGUGGCUGUGCGGUCCGAGAGUUCUCCUUUAUGGCCCAGAAGCCGGGCUGCAAGGGUCUGCGCAUCACCACAGAGGCCUGCUGGGGGCGCUGUCACACCUGGGAGAAACCUGUGCCUGAUCCCCCUUACAUCCACCGCCACCACCGUGUGUGUACGUACAGCCGUACCCGUGACAUGACCGCCCGCCUGCCGGGCUGCCAGCCCAACGUCUCCUCUCUCUACCACUAUCCCAUGGCUCUGCACUGCCACUGUGCCGUCUGCUCCACACAAGACACCGAGUGUGAGACCUUCUGAUGGGCGGGACGCUGCCUUCAGCAAACAAUGUCACCAACAGUUUUACUUAUAUGAAUGACACUGAAUAAAAUUAUGAAAUCAA